AAGAGCAGGCCCAGCCCGUCCAAAGUUUUAUUUCUGUUGGUGAAGUAACACGUGCAUCUGUCAAGCGAUUCUUUCUCGGAUGGUGACCCGAGGAAGCAUGACGAUUACAUCGCAUACCUUGCUCACGAAUGACCUAAAGAAAACGGACGAUCCCAUCUGAAGUCGUCCGUAAAACGCUCCAUCUCCUCCUCAAUACUUCUCCACAUCCACCUUCCAACGCCCCCACUCGGCACUCUCAGGGCCCCGGGCCUACCUCUACGAACAACUUGAACCUCACACCGAACAGCUUGGAUCGCCACAAGGUCACGCACGGCAGGCGCAAAGCACACCAGACGAACCCCGCGCUGCUCUCCAUUCUGCGCCUGUCGCCCCCCUCGUGAUCCCCUCGAACUCCGGCCCUCUAUUUAAACCAUGGCGUUCCUGCUCUACACCGGCUACUUUGUAGCCGGAUACAUCGCCUUGACGAUAUUCUUCUACAUGUUGUCCGCGGUGAUCUCGAAGGCGGCCUUCGUGGCCCGCCUGCUGGCUUCUUACCUCGCCUUGAUUAUCAGCUCCGCCUACGGCGUCUCCGCCGCGAUCGCCCUUCGCGCCAUUGGCCUUAACCAGCUCACGCAAUGGACCGUUGCCCGUAGCUUUAAGUUCCUCAUGGGUCUCUCGACGGGUGUGACCUUCGAGAUUGAGGAUCCCAACAAUCACCUCAAGAACGUUCGCCCGGCCGUCUUUCUCGGCAACCACCAAACCGAGCUCGACGUGCUGAUGCUGGGGUGCAUGUUCCCAAAAUACUGCAGCGUCACGGCCAAGGCUUCGCUAAAGAAGGUUCCUCUCUUGGGCUGGUUUAUGGCACUGAGUGGCAGCGUUUUUCUCGACCGCGCCAACAGCAAGGACGCCCGCCAGGCCAUGCAGGGCGCCGCCAACGAAAUCCGCGAGAAGCGCCAGAGCGUUUACAUGUUCCCAGAGGGCACCCGCAGCUACUCCAAGGAGCCGAUGCUACUACCAUUCAAGAAGGGCGCCUUCCACCUCGCCGUCCAGGCUCAGGUGCCAAUCAUCCCGGUGGUCGCUGCCAACUACAGCCACAUCCUCUGGGUCAAGGGGAUGGUGUUCAAUGCCGGGAGGAUCCCGUGCAAAGUCCUCGACCCCAUCCCUACGGUCGGCCUCACUGCCUCUGACGUCGACGAGCUUGCACGAUCGACCCGGGAGUUGAUGCUCAACGAACUCUACGCGCUGACCGAGAAGGCGCGAGGGCAGGCCUUGCCCAGACCUAACGACAACAAGGACGCGAACGGAGUAGCACAAGCCACCGGCACCGAUAUGAGAGUCGCAGCCUGAAGAUCGCACAAGAGUUCGUCGAAUACAGGAUAACGAAUUUUCGAGGGGAUUCGCUAGCACGGGUUCAUUCAAAACCGAAACAGCAACACCAGCAGAAGAUACCGCAACAACAUACCUUGCAACGCACCCUGGUCCGUGGCCAAGCCGGGCGACGGAGCCGAGGGAAGAGCAUACGAGAUACCCCCUAGAGACGGAGUCAGGAUGUUGAGGGCAUCGGGUGAGACGGUCCUUUUUAACGAUGGCUUAGACGCCGCGCUACUAUAGAGGAUAGAGGGGCAUACUGGGUAGUAGAGGGGGUUGGUUGCAUUUAGGCGCCGAGAGAGGACUAUCCCGCAUGGCAUGGGGUAUGCCUAUUCUUUGGACACGCCCGAGACCGGAAGGCGAGGAUGAGUAGUAAGAAUCCUAAGUUUCAGUCAAAUCCGUUUAGAAAAGAAAAAAAAGAACAGUACUACAAUACAAGUAUAGUGACCG